AUGCUUGGUGGAAAUUUGUUCCAUUGUAGAAAGGAUUCAUGGCCUCCGGAGGAGUACAUCAACCGAACAACCUUACAGUUGUUCGAUUUUGAUAGUGCUGCCCCACCAAAACAAGCUUGGAGAAGAAGAUUAAACAGCCAUGCCAGCAUUCUUAAAGAAUUCAGUAUUACAUUUAUGGAAGCAGUAAAAAUGGCCCGACUAGGUAUCCGUCUGUGGUCGUAUGUAAGGGAAGAGGCUUCCCAUGGAAGGAAAGCACCUAUUGACCCUUUUACUCGAGAAAGUUGCAAACCAUCAGCAUCCCAAGGGGUUCCGCUCGGAGGGAUGGGGAGUGGCAGCAUAUCUAGGGGUUUUAGAGGCGAAUUCAAGCAUUUUCAAAUUCUGCCUGGAACAUGUGAGGCUUCUCCUGUCAUGGCCAAUCAGUUCUCUGUAAAGUUCUGCCCUCGAUCUUAA